ACAAGUUCAUAUAAAAAUUUAGAUACUUUGACCCUAUGGGACGAUUAGAGUAACAUUUUUGGUAACAAUUAAUCAUUAUAAAUUAUUUUCAGCCAAAAAAAAAAAAGAUUUUCAAAUCAAAUAUUGCAUCUUUUUCCUUUUUUAUUUUUUUUGGAGAUAUGUUGCCAAUUUUGUUUGGUCCAAAUUGCCAAUUUUCUAUCCUAUUGCCACUGUUUCCAACAGCCUAGUUUUCUUUUCUAAAACAAUCAUUAUAGAGUCAACUUAUGAUACUUAUAUGACAAUAAUUGUAUAGUGCAUAGUGUAUACAGUUUGAAAAAAAAAAAAAAAUGGCAGCAAAAAUCAAGAAGAUCAUCAUUGAUACAGACCCUGGAAUUGAUGAUGCAAUAGCAAUAUUUGUUGCACUUCAAUCUCCAGAAAUUGAAGUCAUUGGGAUCACAACAAUAUUUGGUAAUGUCCAUACAACUCUUUCAACCAGAAAUGCUUUACAUCUGCUGGAGAUAGCUGGAAGGACGGAUAUUCCAGUGGCUGAAGGCUCACACGUUACAAUCACCGAAGGCAUGAAACUUCAAAGUAGCGGAUAUGUUCAUGGCACGGAAGGACUCGGGAACCAAAACAUAUCUCCACCCAAAGGAAAGCCUAUUGAACAAACUGCAACUGAAUUUCUCAUUCAGCAAGCUAGUCUUUACCCUGGAAAGAUCACUGUUGUGGCCUUGGGGCCCCUGACAAAUAUAGCACUCGCCAUUCAGUUGGAUCCUGGAUUUUUCAAAAACGUCGGCCAAAUUGUUGUUCUUGGUGGUGCUUUUGCUGUUAAUGGGAACGUGAAUCCAGCAGCUGAGGCUAACAUAUUUAAAGAUCCAACUGCUGCUGAUAUUGUAUUUACCAGUGGCGCUGAUGUUCUUGCCGUUGGACUAAAUAUUACGCAUCAAGUUGUCCUUACUGAUUCUGAUCGCGGUGAAUUGGCAAAGUCUAAUGGAAAAUUUGCCAAGUACCUCAGCAAGCUUUUGGAUGUCUAUUUUGAUUAUCACCAUACUGCAUACAGCACAAGAGGUGUUUUCCUUCAUGAUCCAACUGCCUUACUAGCUGCUGUUAAUCCAUCGCUCGUCACCUAUUCAGAAGGUGUGGUCCGCGUUCAGACUGUUGGCCUAACGAAGGGUCUCACAAUCUUUUAUAACAAGAAGAAAAGGUAUGAUGAAGUCACUGAAUGGUGUGCAAGACCUUCAGUCAAAGUGGCAGUAACUGUUGAUGCUCCUAAAGUUAUCAAAUUGGCAAUGGAGCGGCUCGUCAAUUCUUAAAAGUAUUCAUAUGCUGUAAGAACACUUAUUUGAACAAUGUUAUUUGUCUUUCUGCACUCAUUACUUGAUGUUAAUAAACUUGCUUGUUGUUAUUGUGCCAUCUCUAUAAAUGCAUGUAAGCUGUUGUAUA